AAAGCCAAGCGGGUGCCAUGGGGCAGUUUCUGAGGUGGACCUUGGAACAGAUGAAGCAGGAACCGACCGAGGGGGUGUUGUCUUGGCACUGGGAAGCCCAGUGGCAGGCGUUCCUGAAGGCCUCGCGGUUCCCCGGGUCGGACCGGGGCGACCCACAGUCUGUGCUGUGGGGUGGCGGCAAAAUCUUUCUUCCCCAUCGUUCCAUCGGCCGGCAGAUUAUGGCAGAGCAGGGGGCUGGCUCCCCAGCUGCGCUCGGUGCGGAGGCCCAGCGCCAGCGCUUCCGCCGGUUCCGCUACCAGGAGGCCGAGGGCCCCCACGAGGUCUGCAGCCGCCUCUGGUACCUGUGCCACCGGUGGCUGAAGCCGGAGAGGCACACCAAGGAGCAGAUCCUGGAGCUGGUGAUCCUGGAGCAGUUCCUGGCUGUCCUGCCGCCGGAGAUGCGGAGCUGGGUCCGGGAAGGAGACCCAGAGACCUGUUCCCAGGCAGUGGCCCUGGCCGAGGAGCUCCUUCUGGGGCAAAGAGAGGCGGAGGAAGAACAGGUGAAAUUUCCUGAUGAUGAAGAGGAACAGGCGUCAUCUGAGUCUGGACAGGGGCUCCUCCGUGGGGAGAUCAAACAGGAGAGGGGAGAUUAUGCCAUUUCUUUGGAUGAUGCUUGGGGGACUGAGAAGAACUGGGAAUCGCGUGAGGUGUGGUCGGAAGGAAUUAAGAGCGGAGAGGAGGAAGCUGACACUGAGAACCGAGAAGACGUCCUCCAGGGGGCGAAUCGAACGGAGAUGUGGAACCAGAGACCCGUAGCCGGCCAGCUAAGCCAGUUUGGAGCCUUCUACGAGCUCUCGGCCCAUCAGAAACCGCGGCCGGAGAAGCAGCAGAGUACCUGCGGUGUUUGCGGGAAAGGCUUCAGCCGCAAGUCAAACCUUCUCCGACAUCAGAGAAUCCACACGGGAGAGGAGCCCUACAAGUGCCCGGAUUGCGGGAAGAGGUUCCGCUGGAGCACGAGCCUCAUUGCGCACCAGAAGAUCCACACGGGGGGACAGCCCCAUGAGCGCGGGAAGGGCUUCGACCACAGCCAGAACUUUGCACGGCACCAGAGGCUCCACCACAGGAAGAAGCCACACAAGUGUGUCAAUUGUGGGAAAAGUUUCAGGCGGAGCUCGAAUCUGGCUCUUCAUCAGACGAUCCAUGCAGGGGAAGAAGCUUUUGAGUGUGCGGACUGCGGGAAAAGCUUCAGCUACAAGUCAAGUCUCAGCCGGCACCAGAGGGUCCAUGCAAGGGACGAAAGAUUCAAGUGUCCGCUCUGCUGGGCAAGCUUUGCUUUUGAAUCCAGCCUCACUAGACAUCAGAGAAUCCACUGCGGGAGAAGUUUCAGUGACGAGCAGAACCUUCUUGCACAUCAGAUCAUUCCCGCCGGCACAUAAGCAGCCAGACUCUGUUCUAAGAGGCUGGAGUAAAAUAAAAUAUUUUUGCCUUAA